UUAGUAUUUCAAAAAAUUGUUUGGCAACACUGCUUCAUUAAAGGUUCGGGCCCGUAGCGCUAAGAAAUUUAAAAUGGCGCGGUAUUCUAUGGAACCAGAUAAUGCAUCAAAAUCUUGUAAAGCCAGAGGCUCAAACCUUCGAGUGCAUUUCAAGAACACCAGAGAAACAGCUCAAGCAAUAAAAAAGAUGUCUCUACGCAGAGCUCAGCGAUACCUGAAGAAUGUUAUCCAUAAGCAAGAAAUAGUUCCAUUUCGCAGGUUUAAUGGUGGAGUUGGUCGUAAGGCACAGGCUAAACAGUGGAAUGCAACUCAAGGAAGAUGGCCAAAGAAGAGUGCCGAAUUCUUGUUGCAGUUGCUAAGGAAUGCAGAAAGUAAUGCCGAUCAUAAAGGUUUGGAUGUAGAUCGGUUAGUGAUAGAGCACAUACAAGUUAAUAGAGCACCCAAAAUGAGGAGGAGAACAUAUAGAGCUCAUGGUCGAAUUAAUCCGUACAUGAGCAGUCCAUCUCACAUUGAAGUAAUUUUGAGUGAGAAAGAGCAAGUCGUGGCUAAGCCAGCUGCCGAAGAAGAAGCUCCCAAGAAGAAAUUGUCUAAGAAGAAAAUGGCCAGGCAGAAACUCAUGCAACGAGAUUAAAUUAUGAACUGCUGUGAAAAAAAUUAAAAAAAUCCUAUUAAUACUUGUUUUUUAAUUUC